CCCUCGUGGGUCCUGUCUGUCCCCGUGCCCAUUGGGCUGCAGGAGGACAGCGCGGACCUGAAGUGCCAGCUGCACUUUGCAAAGGAGGAGUCAGCCCUCAUGUGCAAGAAGCUCACCAAGCUCGCCAAGGAGAACGACAGCAUGAAAGAGGAGCUGCUCAAGUACCGCUCGCUCUACGGCGAUCUGGACAGCGCCCUGUCCGCCGAGGAGCUGGCCGAUGCGCCCCACUCCCGGGAGACCGAGCUGAAGGUGCACCUGAAGCUGGUGGAGGAGGAAGCCAACCUGCUGAGCCGCCGCAUCGUGGAGCUGGAGGUGGAAAACCGAGGCCUGCGGGCGGAGAUGGAUGACAUGAAGGAUCACGGCGGCGGAGGCGGAGGCGGCGGUGGCGCGGAGGCGCGCCUGGCCUUCUCGGCGCUGGGGGGCGGCGAGUGCGGGGAAAGCCUGGCGGAGCUGCGGCGACACCUGCAGUUUGUGGAGGAGGAGGCUGAGCUGCUCCGGCGCUCCUCGGCAGAGUUGGAGGAGCAGAACAAGCUGCUGCUCACCGAGCUGGCCAAGUACCGCUCGGAGCACGAGCUGGACGUGACGCUGUCGGAGGACAGCUGCUCCGUGCUCAGCGAGCCCUCGCAGGAGGAGCUGACAGCCGCCAAGCUGCAGAUCGGCGAGCUCAGCGGCAAGGUCAAGAAGCUGCAGUACGAGAACCGGGUGCUGCUCUCCAACCUCCAGCGCUGUGAUCUUGCCUCCUGCCAGAGCACGCGUCCCAUGCUGGAGACGGACGCCGAGGCCGGGGACUCUGCCCAGUGUGUGCCCGCGGCUCUUGGCGAGGCCCACGGCCCCCACGCUGCCCGGCUCUGCAGAGCCAGGGAGGCCGAGGCGCUGCCUGGGCUGAGGGAGCAGGCCGCCCUGGUCAGCAAGGCCAUCGAUGUCCUGGUAGCCGACGCCAACGGCUUCUCGGCCGGCCUCCGCCUGUACCUGGACAACGAGUGUGCUGACUUUCGGCUGCAUGAGGCCCCUGACAACAGCGAGGGUCCCAGGGACACCAAGCUCAUCCAUGCCAUCCUGGUGCGGCUGAGCAUGCUCCAGCAGGAGCUCAAUGCCUUCACGCGGAAGGCGGACGCCGUGGUCGGGAGCUCUGCCAAGGAGCAGCCAGAGCCCUUCCCCGCGCUGCCUGCCUUGGGCUCCCAGGGGCCCUCCAAGGAGAUUCUUUUGGCCAAAGACCUUGGCUCAGACUUCCAGCCGCCUGACUUCAGGGAUCUGCCGGAAUGGGAGCCCAGGAUACGAGAGCCCUUCCGCAGUGGUGACUUGGACUCCAAGCCUGACCCCGGCCGGAACUUCAGGCCUUACCGAGCCGAAGACAAUGAUUCCUACGCCUCUGAGAUCAAAGAGCUGCAGUUGGUGCUGGCCGAGGCCCACGACAGCCUCCGGGGCCUGCAAGAGCAGCUCUCCCAGGAGCGGCAGCUACGGAAGGAGGAGGCCGAAAACUUCAACCAGAAAAUGGUCCAGCUGAAGGAGGACCAGCAGAGGGCGCUCCUGAGGCGGGAGUUUGAGCUGCAGAGUCUGAGCCUCCAGCGAAGGCUGGAGCAGAAGUUCUGGAGCCAGGAGAAGAACAUGCUGGUGCAGGAGUCCCAGCAGUUCAAGCACAACUUCCUGCUGCUCUUCAUGAAGCUCAGGUGGUUCCUCAAGCGUUGGCGGCAGGGCAAGAUUUUGCCCAGCGAGGGGGAUGACUUCCUUGAGGUAAAUAGCAUGAAGGAGCUGUACCUGCUAAUGGAGGAAGAGGAAUUAAAUGCCCAGCAUUCAGAUAACAAGACCUGUGCAGGGGACAGCUGGACCCAAAACACGCCCAACGAGUAUAUCAAGACACUGGCCGACAUGAAGGUGACGCUGAAGGAGCUGUGCUGGCUGCUUCGGGAUGAACGCCGUGGUCUAACCGAGCUCCAGCAGCAGUUUGCCAAGGCCAAGGCCACCUGGGAGACGGAGCGGGCAGAGUUGAAGAGCCAUACUGCCCAGAUGGAGCUGAAGGCUGGCAAGGGGGCUGGGGAGCGGGCAGCCCUGCAGCGGGAGCGUGAGGAGCAGCAGCACCUGCUGGCUGAGUCCUACAGCGCCGUCAUGGAGCUGACGCGGCAGCUGCAGAUCAGUGAGCGCAACUGGAGCCAGGAGAAGCUGCAGCUGGUGGAGCGGCUUCAGGGUGAGAAGCAGCAGGUGGAGCAGCAGGUGAAGGAGCUGCAGAACCGCCUGAGCCAGCUGCAGAAGGCCGCUGAACCCUGGAUCCUGAAGCACUCAGACCUGGAGAAGCAGGACAAUAGCUGGAAAGAGACACGGAAUGAGAAGAUUCUCGACAAGGAGGCGGUUUCUGAAGCUGACCUUGGGGGCACCGCCUUAAAAAGGACCAAAUCUGUUUCCUCCAUGUCUGAGUUUGAAAGUUUGCUUGACUGUUCCCCCUACCUUGCCGGGGACGCGGCCCGCGGUAAGAAGCUGCCCAACAACCCUGCUUUUGCCUUUGUGGGCACCCAGCCGGUGGACCCGGAGAAGGAUGCCCAGGAGCAGCCAGGGCUCUCGUCGCGGGACUGCAACCACCUGGGCACCCUGGGCUGCCAGGAGCCGGCGGGGAGGCAGAUGCAGCGCAGCUACACGGCCCCCGACAAGACGGGCAUCCGUGUGUACUACAGCCCCCCGGUGGCCCGGCGCCUGGGCGUCCCCGUGGUCCACGACAGGGAGGGCAAGAUCAUCAUCGAGCCCGGCUUCCUCUUCACCACGGCCAAGCCCAAAGAGUCGGCUGAGGCCGACGGGCUGGCCGAGAGCUCCUACAGCCGGUGGCUCUGCAACUUCUCACGGCAGCGCUUGGACGCAGGCUCGGGGGGCAGCCCGUCGGCGCCAGGGCCUGGCUUCCCAGCGGCCCUGCACGACUUUGAGAUGUCUGGCAACAUGAGCGACGACAUGAAGGAGAUCACCAACUGCGUGCGCCAGGCCAUGCGCUCGGGCUCACUGGAGAGGAAAGUGAAGAGCACGUCCAGCCAGACGGUGGGCCUGACCAGCGUGGGCACGCAGACCAUCCGCACCGUCAGCGUGGGCCUGCAGACCGACCCCCCCCGCAGCAGUCUCCACAGCAAGAGCUGGUCACCCCGCAGCUCCUCGCUCGUGUCCGUGCGCAGCAAGCAGAUCUCCUCCUCCCUGGACAAGGUGCACUCGCGCAUCGAGCGGCCAUGCUGCUCCCCCAAGUACGGCUCGCCGAAGCUCCAGAGGCGGUCAGUGUCCAAGCUGGACAGCGCCAAGGACCGCAGCCUCUGGAACCUGCACCAGGGCAAGCAGAACGGCUCGGCCUGGGCCCGUUCCACCACCACACGGGAUAGCCCCGUGUUGAGGAACAUCAACGAUGGGCUGUCCAGCCUCUUCAGUGUGGUGGAGCACUCGGGGAGCACAGAGUCUGUCUGGAAACUGGGCAUGUCCGAGGCCCGGGCCAAACCCGAGCCUCCAAAGUAUGGCAUCGUGCAGGAGUUCUUCCGUAAUGUGUGUGGCCGGGCGCCAAGCCCCACCUCUGCGGCAGGGGAGGAGAGCACCAAGAAGCUGGAGCCCCUCUCCCCUGCCAGCUACCAUCAGCCAGAGGGCAUGGCCAGGAUCCUGAACAAGAAGGCAGCCAAGUCAGGCGGCAGCGAGGAGGCCAGACUCUCGGUGCUCCCCCAGGUGGGGAAGGAUGGUGUCCCCCGGGAGGGAGACGGAGCCACAGCCCUUCCCAACGAGGUAGGUGGGUGGGGUCUACUCUUCUUCUUGGGGUAGGGGAGGUUGACUUGUAAGGUCCAAACUCUCUUGGCUUUCAAACUCAGGAAUAUGGUUGUGUGUUUCAAAAAGUCCUUUUGCUGGUCUGGAAUAGGGGUUUGGGGGGGCGCCUGGCUGGCUCAGUCGGUAGAGCAUGUGACUCUUGGUCUCAAGGUCAUGAGUGCAAGCCCCAUGUUGGGCAUAGAGCCCACUUAAAAGUAAAUAGAUAGAUAGAUACAACGGGGGUUAGAAGACUCCCAGACCUGGAACAACAGCCUGAUGGGCACAGGGUCUGAAUACCAAGAGGCGAGUGAGUGAGGCUUAACCAGCUGCUUUGCCACCACACACCAGAGAUUGCUAGCAUCCCCUCCAGGGAAGAGGUGUCCUCACUGCUCUCCUGCAUUGGUGUGCUGGAGUCGAUGAGAGCUAAUCGUGUGCAUCUCUGUGUUCAGUAAAACACCUUGGCACCUUGAGAGUGGCCACAGUGGGAGGAUUUACACCAUGAAAAUUGACAAAUGCUCCAAAUCAGGGCUUCUCCCUUCAUUCCUGGAAAACUAGUUAUUAAACAUUUUCCAGCACACCCCUGCCCCCCUCCCAAAACUCUGUGCCUAAGCGCUUCCAUUUUCUCCGAGAAUCUUUUGCUGUACACCCCACUCCUGAUAUCACUCAGUUUCAGAUUUGGUUAAGGAUUAUUUGCAUGUUAGUGAAAGAAUGCAUAUAAGUUAGUUUUCCAGAAAGGGAAAUGGUGGAGUAUCUUAUGGAUCCCAAAUGCAAGGACCUGAAGGUCUCAGACUUCUCUGUCUCCCUAUCGUUUCCCUUGAGCUUUGUUUUCUCUGAUGUCUGCUUUCUUCCCCUCUCUCUGCUGCAUUUGCGUGAAUGGUCCCAGCUCUGCUUUUAUAAUAGCUUCUAAUUCAAGUACCUAAGAGAGACUGACUCAGAUCCCUCUGUCCCAAUUCCACAUUCCUAGAAGAAAGAAGAAACUGUGAUUGGUCUACCUUGAGUCCAGUGUACCCCCAUGGUCUGAUCAGCUGUGGUCAGGGGUGGUAUCAUGUGGCCUGUGGUGCACUCAGUAAAGGUCAUAGGUGGGGAUGCAGAGAGGUGGCGUGGGCUAGGACUGACCCAUUUGUAUGUAUUGUAUGUUUAGGUGGUUUCUAGAUUUUCUCUAUCAGGCAUAAUGAUGUGGUGGACAUCUUGGUGCAAAAAUAUUUGUCCACAUUUUGGAUUAUUUCCUUAGGUUUAAGUUGCAGAAAUGGGA